AUGGAUUCGCAAGCUCAUCGAUCAGCGGGCCGUCCGCGAGCACCAUCACGACCCACAACCCCCUUACGACCGAGCUCGCGCUCCUCUUUCCGCGAAACAUAUAGCUACGGUCACACUAUCGGCAGCGCGGGAUACAACCAGCCCGCCAUCAAUGCCUUGGAGCCACAGUUUGCCGAGCUGCCCGAUUCCAUGGCGGAUCUGGAGGCCAAUUUCAUGCAUCUGCAAUUGAUGCAUGAGAGUCUGACGCGCUUCAGCGAAAGCUUCGCCAGUUUUCUCUACGGCAUGAACAUGAACGCCUUCUGUGUGGAUUUCCCAGAGGCACCCAUCCCGGACUCAUUCCAGAGAGCGAAGCAGACGGAGGCCCAGGCAGGUAGGUUACAGAUGGGGCUCUACAGGCGUCAUUCAGGUUUUCAGCUCGAUUCGGGGACUGUGUUGACCCUGUUCUCUACAGAGACCGAAGACGAGCCCGUCAUGCGACCAGACGAUGGUGAAAUGACUUUCUUAACGACGGACACCUCCUUCGUCGAACACCCGCCCAGCACGGUCUCCUCGAAACCGUCCAGGGCUCCAGCUUUCGGUCGUGGAGCUUCUCGCGGCGCUUCUCGCGGCACUGCUACCCGCGGUACCACGCGAGGAACGACCAGGGGUAUCACACGAGGACCGACGACAGGACGGUAUGCCACAAGAGGGUCCGACCGGGGUCGACCAAGCGCGCUACCGCGAGGUCGAGGGCUACGGUGA